UCGUGCAUGUUUUGGGUGAAUCCACGAUGGUUUUGACUGUUUUGGUUUGCGCUUCUCGAAGUGAACAGGAACCCUUGUUUUUAAAUACUGUGCUGACGCAAUCGAGGCUGGAGAUAUGCAAGAAAGUGGGCCUAGGUCGAAGAUCCUGAAAUAAGGGUGCGAAAAAAGUGACAUGGAGAGUGACAACUCGGAAACAGUUCCCAAAGGGGAAGUUCCGACUGAGGCCGAGUUUGCUCGGUUGCUAUGCGACAAGAUUUUCGUCGACUACUUCAACACUUUCCUUUCGCUCCCGGUGUUCUCUCAGCGCUUGCUGUACCGUUUCACAGAGCAGACGUUUGAAUUAGACCCACCUAUCAAACGAACUCAGUAUCGUCUCGAUCGCCUCAAGUUGAUGCGAUGGGUUCGCACCCAGCGUGCCCCGCUGUUCUUCAAGACCGAUCUAUGCGUCGAAUAUCUGCUAUGCAAACAGCUGCAGAAGACCCAGUUGCAUCUGUCCUGCCCCUAUGGAUCAGAUCAGUCCAGCGCCAAAGACAGGAUGUUAGAUCGCCGCCUGAUGUCCCGUUGGCUGAGCCGGGUCUCGGGGAUGCGCAAGUUCCGCGCCUUCCUGGAGCGGACAGCGGGCGAGAAGGCGCUCCAGUUCUGGUUGGACGCUGAGCGGUUCCGCAAGACCACCCACUGCCCGGAUGAGCACAGGGCGUUGUUCCGGCAGAUGGAAGCCAAGUACAUCAAGCACGGAGGGAUGCUCGAGUUACCGGAACAUGCCAAAUGGUUGGCCUCUGUGAGAUCAGAAGGUCAAGAUAAAUGUCGUUCUCCAGCGGAAGUGAGGGGAGCACGGGCUCGAGAACGGCGCCAGAGUCAUUUUAUCGGCAGCGGAGUGGAGGUGGAAUCUCGCCUGCCUGGGGGCUCCAUCUACGGGGACAGCCACGAGUGGCUCAUUUCUCCAGACGCUUUUGUUGUCAUCCAGGGUUUCUUCCUCAAGACGCUGCAGAACUACUGGGUGCCCCGCUAUAUCAUCCACUGCAAGGCCAAGUGGUUCAUUCAACGGCCGUUGGUUCGCGGUGAGGUUCCCGUCUUUAGACCCAACAGUUACGCGGUGAAGGUCCGCAGUCUGUCUGACCUGGCAGAUGAGGACGAGGAAGCACUGAUGGGAGAAGGUGUCGUGAAGUCCAAACAGGUGGUUCGGGUCGAGUCAAGAUUAAAAAAGCAGAGCGCCUUCAACCUGUUGUCAAUGUUCAGCUCGCCAGGUGUGCGGCGCUCUGAGCUGGCAGCCAUCUUAAAGCUCGAGGACACUGGAGAGACGUUGGGAGUUAAACCUGAGGCCGACCAGUCUGUGGAAGCCAAGGAGAGAUGGAGGACAGAGGACUUCCCGCUUCCGACCAUAUCGGAGGAAAGUGGAAUGAGCGAAGAGAGCAGAAAGUCAUCUGCCAAAUCGAAAUCAAGUUCUUCGGCAGGCUUUGCAACACCGUCACCUUGUCCUGUAUCCCCCGAGCAAACUAGAUCAGCGACUGCAAGCCCAGAGAAGUCGCCAGCUAGAGUGGACUCGAAAACAACUGGUGCAGAGAUGGAUGGCGAGAAGGACGAAAUCCGAAAGGAACUUCGGUUCGAAGAACCGUCUGAGGCUUCCCAGUUUGCCCAGGACGUAGAAGAAAAAACCACUCCAUCUUCUGCCAAGAGGCGACGAAGCAGCGAUGUAACCAGUCUGUCAACUGUCGACACCGACAAGCUUCUCUCACGAUUCCCGCCAAGUGGAGUGAGCCGGAUGCGCCGUAGCAGCGUGGCUGUGCCGUACCAGAUCAACCGGGAAUCCAGCUCCUCGUCGGUUGGGAGGAGCUCCGUAUCUGGAGACUCCAUCCAUACGCCGUCCCUGCGUAGGAUGUCCCUCCAGUCGGGCACGGGCCUCGAUCCGUCUUCCAGCAGCCUAGCAACUUCCCGAGGGAGCGCACCGGCCGCGCCAAAAAAGCCGAAACCGCCUCGCAGGGCCAGGGCUAUGUCCAUGGAAUUCCGGCUGGCGGAUUUCUCGAUGAUGCUCAAAUCCCUAGAUACCAACGCUGGUGCAGCUGCCACCGGCGGCGACAUAUCUGAACUGGACAAAAUCACUUCCAUCGGACUCCCACAGCUCGAAGCCGACAUUCAAGCUCUGCAGACUCAGAAGGAGCAGGACGAGCGCAGGAAAGCAGAAAAGGCGAGCAAGAAACACCGCAGGAGAGGUUCGGAGGUACAGGAUGGCGAGUUAGCCCAAGGAGGUAAAAUCGGUAAGAAGGGACUCAAGAACGGCAAAGGACUGGACGCCUUUGGGAAGGCUUACCUCCGGCGUGGCCGUAGAGGCUCUACCGCCUUUCAGCCUUCUGGGAAGCAACUGGCGCAACUCACUAGAGCAAACCUGGCGAUGCUGGAGGCUGUGCACCGUGGAAAAUGGAUACCCCCAAGCUUUAGCAUUCGCAGACGCACGGCGACUCGUGAAGGCAGAAAGCCAGGCUUUGGGCAGCAGCUAGGCAAAUACGGCCUCCGCAAGGAGGACGUCGAGAAGACCCCAGAGCUGACCAAAGAUUACAGCACACUGACGUUUCAGGAGAAGCUGGACCAAGACUCGCGCAAGCUUGCGAGGGUUCCUCGGCUGUCGCCUUCUCAGAUGCUCAGUUCGAGUGUUGCAGACAUGGGAAUGCUCGCCGAAUUCACAAGGGAUAGCACAUUCUCCAUAGGACCCAAACUUCCAGACAUCAAUGCAGAGAUCCAUCUUAAACAGCCAGCGGCCAUGAGCAUCUGCAAGCCCUCAUAUCGAGGCUACGGCCUAGGUGAGGUCAACUUCCGCCAGAAACACCGCCUCUUGAUUGGUGCAAUCUCAGCCGACAAAUUGGCGGGAAAUCCUUUCUACAAUUUCCUCCAUGAGCACUGUCUGGAAGCCGACUUAAAUUACCUGAAAUUCUGGCAGGCUGCACAGGAAUAUCUCACGACCGGCACGUACAGCAGCGACAUCGAAGGCAGUCUGUCCCGCCACCGUCUCGCACGGCAAAUCAAGGCUACCUUUCUGACUCAGACCGGGGAGUGCCAUGUCUCUUUGGGAGAUCGCUUAGCUGUUGAAUUGUGCGGACAACUGCCACAAGACACGGCAGAUGAGCUGGUUGUGCACGCUCAAAACCUAGCAUGCGAAGCUCUCCAAGAAAGUUUGACCAGUUUUCAAAGACACGAUCUGGAAGAAUUCCUAUCAAAAACGACAUCUCGGAAGAACUUUCAGCUGGAUGCGUACUCCAGACCAAAGACUCGCCCGGCGGCCUUCCCGGAGCAACUUCCUCAGAGGGGUGUGAGCACGGACCUACUCCCUUCGGUGGAAACCUCUAGCCAUGCUAUCUACCAGCUUAUGAAGACAGCCAGGGAGAGCGCAGCCGCUGAGGAGGAGGACAAGCGAGCGACUGACAAGGCCUUUGAAGCGGGGACGGUUAGCGCACUUGCUCCGUACCGAAUGUGGAGAGCGCUGCAGCUAGCAGAAAGUGCAACGAGGGCUGUUGCCGAGCCAGUUGUAGUAAGCGAUCCCAGCGACCCAGAUAGUGACAGUGAAGAUGAGGGGAGUCUCAGGCGAAAACUUACCACCGUCUUCCGUAAACGCAAACCGAAGCCAGCAAAAGACAUGGGCCCAAGACCUUCCUUCGGCCCGUCAAGCCAGCGUGCCUUGGGCAUACAUCGCACCGUCCAGGCCAGGGCAAGCAGGCACACACCGGACGAGGAAGCAAUGGGCACAGGCAAGGCAGUGUGCAGGGCCAUCCGGAAAGACGGCAAGACUAUCCACAGACCUCCAAGACCAAAAGUCUUCCAAGACGUUCUCCGAGACAGCAGCCAUCAGGAAUUCCUGAAGCGAUUCCUGGCCCAGCGAAAGUCAGAUCUUCCCUUGCAGUUCUGGCAGGCCGUGGAGAACAUGAAGACGUCGUGCAGAGACGCCAAGAGCAGGCAGUCCAAAACGAUCAUGAUCGUGCGCAAGUUCUUCUGCAAGGCUACAGACUUUGGUUACGCUUUGCAAUGCGAUGCCGAAAUCAUCCAAGACAUUCCCCAUUUGGAGAAGGUGACGCCUCAAAUGCUCCUGUCGGCCCAGGCCUGUGUGGCUAGGAGUAUGGAAGAAAAGUGGUUUGAGCAGUACCAAGAAACCUUCCCGGAUGAGACUUCGGAUGAGGAAAGCGAAGAAGGCAGUGCCACUGAAGACGAAAAACUUGCCCCAAGGGAUAAAAAUAAAGCCCUGUGGGCAAUGUUUAUCAACAAUGUGACAUCAUUCCGACGAGGCCUGAUGAAUAGGGCUACCAUGAUCGCCUUCAAAGUGUUCUUUGAGAAGGAGGUCCAGCGAGAGUUGGAAAAACAGAAGCAGACUGGGGUUCAGAGCAAGCGCAUGAUCAGCAACAAGGUUAUCAUCGUUGAUAAACUCAAGAAUGACCUCAGCUUUUGGGCAGAGGUCGAAAGAUACAAAGAAUUGGCUGAUUCUGCCGCCCGCGCAGCAGCAACGGGCACGUACACAUUGGACGAUGAAGAAGACGUGCAGAAAAAGGCGAAAGCGAUCAUUGAUUGUUACAUAGACUCGCAGGUGCCGCCAAAACUACAGAUCAACACUUCCCAAGAGAUAGCUGAUGAGAUCAUAGAAACGUAUGAGAACGGUCUGAUUGAGAGAGGCCUCUUUCACGAUGCUGCCGUCUCCAUCUUCAGCGUUCUGCUCUACUGCUGGAAAAAAUUCUGCCGUGAGCGGUUUGCCCCACCAAGCAAGAAGCCGAGCCGGGCGGCCUUGUCCUCUCAGCCGCCUAUUAAGAAGAAGAAACGAAAGAGGAAGCGACACCCGUCCACGCCCCGUGUGGCUGGCGUCAAGAUCAAAACCAUAACGGGCACAUCUGUUGACGAGCCACCCAAGAUGCAGUUUAACCUACAGACCGGUAUCCAGCUUGUCCUGCCCCCCAAGCCUCCCAGCUACGACUCGGAGCGUCUCCGUGCCAUGAUCCGGCAGCUCUACCCAGAGGGCGGUCAGGACUCCGCCCUCGGUGACGAAAACAAACUGCUGCACCUGUACCAGGUGGCGCAGCAGCUACAAGCCCAACAGCAGCAACAGCAGCAGCACGGCCAGCAAGGCAGCCACGCCCAGAGGCGACUGAGUCGGUCAAUUGGACACCAUUUGCAGAUGGCAGCUAGGCAGCUUUUGCCGGGCGGACAUGGUACCUAAUGAUUGUGUCAGAAAAGUUCAGCGAAAGAGGAGAGCUUUAAUUUCAAGACAAGAAACCCAAAUUGUAAUAUGACGAGGCCUCAAUUUCCUGGAGCUGCUUUGCAAAAAGUCUAUACAACUUAAACUUUCUUGCUGAACACAAAGCAACUUGAAAUAAGUCACGAGCAGUACACACCACGCAACAAUUUGGCUGGUAACUGUUGCUAAGCAAAACGUAUGGCAAAGUUGCGCAAUAGCUCAACGAAAUUGGUAUCUACCCGGACAGAUAGCCCUAGCGUGUUUAAGCAAUUCAUUUUAGAGACAGUUAGUGAAAUCUACAAGGCAUUUUUAGUAAUCACACAUUUGAAAAUAAAAAACUAGGCAGCGAUAUGUUUUUAUGGAUAUAGAGGCUCAUGUGCAGUUUUUGGCUGGAGUGCGUCGAAACAUAUUUAUGCUAAUUCUACUAGGAAUUUAAGAUAAACUUCCUUGUUCAAAACUUCCCCAGGUGACACGAUGCACCUUUAUUGCCAAGUCACUGCAGCACAAUAUACUUGGGCAUGUAAUGUUUCAAUUAGAGUUCCUGGUGAUGUUAACUCAAAAACUGACUUUCUAAGUAAUACCGUGUUUGGUAAUUUCAGUGCUUUGAUUAUAAAUUAAACAUUUAUUCCAGGAUUUCACAUAAGCAAGUAAACCUCUAGAAAUGACGACACAACAAAUUAAUUUCUCCCCAAAGGCCACCCCAUGCCUGCAUGUAAAUCAGUGCGAUCACCGAGGAUGAGAACGGGAAUAUCAUUCAUGUUUGAAAUAAAAUCCAUGUUACUGUAGGCCUUUUAGAAUCCCAACGUAUGGAACAAAACAUCACUGACAAACUCUAUUUUCUGCUGGCUAAAUUGUUUAUGGAAAUAAAAAACGAUGAACUUAAAUGACAAACCAAGCUGGGAAGAGCAGGCUACUGCUUAGUUAUAUUGUAUGACUAUUGAGAGUUUUGCAUUAGAGAUAUAAACGUCGUUCCAGUAUUUUACAAGUGUCCGAUUUUUGGUUGUGGAAAUAACUGCACACCACCAACUGUGUCUCCCUUCAUCAGAACACUGAUGACACAACUGGGCAUUCACAGCACUGAAAAUCAAACCUGAAACUGUUCCGAAUAGCAACGAUUCGGAGUUUCAUGAAAACAGAGAUUUGACUAUCGUGAGGCAGGAACAGACUGUUCACAAGUCCACAUUGCCUCUGUUCAUUGUUUUAAGCUUCAAUGAUUAGACUCAAAUUUAUACGGUUUCAGAAUCUGCUCAUUUCAUUCAUCCAGUUGUCCGCGAUUAACACAGUCCUAAAUGUUCACGAUCCACUUGUACAGACCAGAGAUCACACAGCAGACAGAUAAUGCAGAUUAUGCAGAUGCUCUAUCUUUAUUUCAGAACAGCAUUCAUUAGAAUUACGUGGACAGUUUUUGGUCUGUCUGUGACUAGAGGAUCACUCUGCUCCUUGUUUCCGAGGUUUUGCUUCCUAUGAGUGAUCGUUUUUGUGGCCUUCACGUGGGGUUUCCCGCUCUCCAUAUUAUUUGUGCAAAUGAAUAUCACUUGUCGCUCAAGCGACUUGAGACCAAGACUAGGCUAAGCACAAAACCGGCUCAGUAGGUCACUGUUAACCACAGAGCCCCAGUUUAAAAAGCAACUCUAAGGAAAACAUGUUUUCUGUGAUUUUUACCUGUUCAAUUAAUUGGAAACAUCCAAAUCGAACGCAAUGUCGUUUGUUUUCAGAGCUCAAUAUAACAAGCUAAAAAGGGCUUUUUU